GGCAGCAAGGACCGGUCAUGGGGAAAUACCUUAUUUUACAGUGCCUAGGAAAUAUCCCUGGGUCGUAAGUCUCAGGUGCUUGUGGGCAAGUGUGUGACCGUGACUUGUUCUGGAGGAGACCAGAUGUGUGGUUGGUGACUUUCUCUCCAGAUGCUGAGGUGCCUGGGUCCCUGGCGCAGGCAGUUGCUGAGCUGCAGCUGGAGUAGCCUGUGCCUUCUGAAGCACUCUCUGUUUACAAUGAAGUUGCAGUCUCCAGAGUUCCAGUCACUUUUCACAGAAGGCUUGAAGAGUCUGACAGAACUAUUUGUCAAAGAAAAUCAUGAAUUACGAAUAGCAGGAGGAGCAGUGAGGGACUUACUCAGCGGAGAAAAGCCGCAGGAUGUGGAUUUUGCUACCACUGCUACCCCUGCUCAAAUGAAGGAGCUGUUUCAGUCGGUCGGCAUCCGUAUGAUCAACAACAAAGGAGAAAAGCACGGGACGAUCACUGCCAGGCUUCAUGAAGAAAAUUUUGAAAUUACUACACUACGGAUUGACGUUGCCACUGACGGAAGACACGCUGAGGUCGAAUUCACAACUGACUGGCAGAAAGAUGCUGAACGCAGAGAUCUCACUAUAAAUUCUAUGUUUUUAGGUUUCGAUGGUACUUUAUUUGACUAUUUUAAUGGUUAUGAAGAUUUAAAAAAUAAGAAAGUUAGAUUUGUUGGACAAGCUAAACAGAGGAUACAAGAAGAUUAUCUUCGAAUUUUAAGAUAUUUCAGGUUUUAUGGGAAAAUUGUAGAUAUACCUGGUGACCACGAUCCUGAGACUUUGGAAGCAAUUGCAGAAAAUGCAAAAGGCUUGGCUGGAAUAUCAGGAGAGAGGAUUUGGGUGGAACUGAAAAAAAUUCUUACUAGUAACCACGUAAAUCAUUUGAUUCACCUCAUCUAUGAUCUUGAUGUGGCUCCUUACAUAGGCUUACCUGCUAAUGCAAGUUUAGAAGAAUUUAACAAAGUCAGUAAAAAUGUUGAAGGUUUUUCCCCAAAGCCAAUGACUCUCUUGACCUCACUGUUCAAAGUACAGGACGAUGUCACAAAAUUGGAUCUGAGGUUGAAGAUUUCAAAAGAAGAGAAGAAUCUUGGUUUAUUUAUAGUUAAAAACAGGAAAGAUUUAAUUAAAGCAACAGAUAGUUCAGAACCUUUGAAACCCUAUCAAGACUUCAUUAUAGAUUCUAGAGACUCCGAUGCAACUGCUCGUGUGUGUGAACUCCUCAAGUACCAAGGAGAGCACGGUCUUCUGAAGGAGAUGCAGCAGUGGUCCAUUCCUCCAUUUCCUGUAAGUGGCCAUGACAUCAGAAAAGUGGGCAUUUCUUCCGGAAAAGAAAUUGGGGCUCUCUUACAGCAGUUGAGAGAACAGUGGAAGAAAAGUGGUUACCAAAUGGAAAAAGAUGAACUGCUAAGUUACAUAAAGAAGACCGAAAAUUGAUGAGAGCUGGCUACUAAAAAAGCAGAAACGUUUUGGUAAGACCAUCCCCCGCUUAGUGAGAGUGAAGAGACUGGAAUAAAAGCCAGCUUAGAGGAUCUCUUCGGAAGGGUAAAGGUCUUAUUUUGUGAAAUAUAAUAUAUUUCAGGCGCUAAAGGAAAGUCUCCCUCCUCUUAAUCUGAUUUAUAUCACUGAACCUUGUAAUUCUUUUGGAAUAGUCCUACUGAGGAAAAAAAAAGAGUUGGCUUCACUUAAUCUGUCUAGGUUUUUUUUAAAUAGCAGGUUUUUUGGUUUGUUUUUGCAUAGGGCAGUACUAAGAUUAAUCCUAACACAUGGUAACUGUCUUGAAAAAGAUGUUUCUUAGUAUUUGCAAUUGAAAUACCUGGUUUAAUUUUCUACGAUUGUGUAUGAUAAGUGUCGGUUUUUAUCUGAAUUCCAGAAUAAACUUGUGCUUGAAAAUAGCUGACAAAUUUGCAUAAAGUAUCAUAUAUAAAAUGUGAAGAUCAGAGGUGUCCCAGGUGGCCGUCAUUCCUACACCCAGGACUUGUCCUAGGGAGCUGUAGUUUAGUAUGUAGUUUGAUACUUUUCUCUGCCAUAAUGAACGAUUUCCGUGACUUCCUGCUAAGCCGGGAAAGAUUAGCUUGAGGGUUGGUUAGUCUUGAGGAAUUGGACGAUAAAUGUGGGUAUCUAUAUAUAUAUGUGUGUGUAUAUAUAUAUAUGUGUAUAUAUAUAUAUGAACAGGUGCCAUAUAUACAUAGUGACAGUACUCCUGUUGCUUUAAAGUAAAAUAAAGGUUAUGGCCUUUUGCUCUUUAAAGAUUUGAGGCCAGAUGCUUGCAGGUGUAUGGCACAAAGUAUUAUUUAUUCUGACAUUUUAUAAUUUUCCUUUCUGUGUAGCCAGUCAGAGCAUCUUUGUGUGCUACUGGUAAAUAGCAAUUUUGGACCUUGAUAAAACAAUUUUGAAAUGCAUAUUUCUGUUAAAGCCCUGCUAAGAGGAAGUGUGACAGACAAACACUCAGUGUACAAACAGGGGCUAUGUUGCAAGAAAGGGAGCCUCAGAAACGACUGCACACAGGUCAGUAAUUAAACGUCUUAUAAAAUAACCCACUGAAAUAUUUAAGUAUAUUAAGAUACAUAUUUGGAACCAACACUGUAGAAUUCAUACUGUGCUAUAUAUAUAGGAAGUAUGCAGCUAUUUGAGGUCUGGUUUUGUCAUGUAUAAAGAGACUUUUUGAAGUAGGAUAUGCGUGUUUUUAUAUACCAGGAAAUUUUAUUUGCAAGUGUCAGUAAAUAAUAUAGAACAUUCUGAGAUUACACUCUUCAGGGGGCGAAAUGUUUCCUCACUACACCUGGUUUAGAUAUAAAGAGAUGUGCCGUGCUACUGAAAAGAACUCCCUGGAAUCCCCUUUAGAGGACGUUUUAGUUCAGUGUAAGACUGACUGACUAUAUGAACAAA